AGUCUGCAGGGCCAAGAUCUGUCUCGAUUUCUAAUUUUUUUCCUGUUCUUUCAGGUUUCAACCAUGAGAACGGAGAAUGUGUCCGUCCAAUACGCCAGCUUUAUAUUACACAUCCUCACCUGUGUCAUCGGGGUGCUGGGCAACGCCGCUGUUAUCUAUGUUUAUGGUUUUAUAAUGAAAAAAAAUAAGUCUAAAAUCUGGUUUCUGAACCUGGCCGUAGCGGAUUUCGUCUUCGUCCUGUGCCUGCCGCUGAAUGCCGUGGCAAUAUUUACGAGCAACUGGCCUUUCGGGCCCCACGUGUGUAAACUGUAUCACUUCCUUUCUACAUGUAACAUGUAUGUCAGUAUAUUCACAAUUACCGCCUUAACUAUCGACCGGCUCCUGUCGGUGGCCAAACCCAUCUGGCAUCAUAGGUUCUUCUCCCGGCGGUUCUCUUACUGGAUCUGUGCCUCCAUUUGGGUGUUAACGGUACUGGCCAGCCUUCCGACAUUAUUUUUUAGUGUUGAAUACAAGAUGGCUGAACAAACGGAAUGUAGACUGUUUGAUAUUGGACAUAUUAAUAAUGAGGUCAAUAUGGAUCAAACACUUAGCGCUUCAGAUGAUAGUACGUUUCCUGAAAAUCUCUGGAUUUUUGAUGAAAACCAAACAGAAAUAAACAGUAGCCAAUCAGUGAGUCCGGUUGGUGGGCCCAACUAUUUUUUCAGUGGACCGUGGAUGCCAGAGACAAACCUAACAGAACUGGAUAUGAACCAAACCUCAAGGGUUUUGGACAUGAACGGAACAAUACCUGAGUUACGUCUACUGCCUCUUGCUGUUAUUCCAGAAUGCUUUGACGGUGACUGUUUUACUAAUGUGACCCACACGUUGUGGAAUAGAAUGGUGCAUAUAACAGAGAGUAUUAUCUUACCUCUUUUAGCCAUCGGUUACAUUAUUCCUCUCUGCACAAUCCUGAUUUCCAAUGUAAUAAUUAUCUUGCAGGUUAGAAAAUCCCAAAGAGAAAAGUCUCCUAGACUGUAUCAGAUUACAGUGACAGUGGUGGUGGUCUACUUCCUAACGUGGACACCACUGGUUGUAGGACAGCUCACGUUACUGGCGUGUGCUCGAAGUAUGGACUUUGACCUAAUGAGAAAAGUCUAUAUGAUUUUGCCUUUACUAUACAGCAUUGCCUAUACUAAUAGCUGCUUAAACCCUAUUAUAUAUGCGCUGGUUGGUAAACAGGUUAGGAGAGCACUUAGAGAAUUUGUUAGCUCCGUACGACAGAGCUCUUCCAGAAGUUCCCACAACAACCGAAGCAGUAAAGUUUCAAGCGGCUCAAAAUGAAAUAUUGGACUUAUUCAUGAGAUUCUGAUUUUUUAGGCAUUACCAUUGAAAAAUAUCAUGUUUCUCUUCUGUAGGCCUGAGACUUCUUGUGACUUAUUGUGAUUCAUGUGAACUUCACAGCUGUAUUCGGAUGUAUUACUGUAAUAAACCUGCUUGCUUACC